AUGGGCAAGAUCACAAAGGCGAUGCAGCCUAAGCAUCGAGAGACUCUGUCUCCAUGGCUAAAGCUUUACGUCGAUUCUGCAUCAACAGCCCCGUUGCCCCUCCUUCCGCAGCAGCUUGCUGAUUUCCCGACAAGGUGGCCAUUUGGGCGCGGAGACCUCUACCACUGGAUUCCAUUGUUAAACCGAUUCGAUAGCGUGCUCGAGCAUUUCUGCAAAGUCUAUAAAUUGAAUGAAGGCCCUCAGCGGCGUGAUUUUGGCUGCGAUGUCCUGCUCAAUCAUGCAAAGGAUUCGGCAUUCGAAGGCGAGAAGCAGUGGGAGAUGGACGACCUUACCCAGCUCGGCUUCCCCUCCGAUGGUGACAGAGAGCUGAUCGAGGCUGUUUUGAAGUUUACUCGCAUGCUGCUAGAGCACUGUGGAAACCGCAGCAUCUACGCCAGCAGUGCUCACCUCAACGAUCUUCUCAACUGCAUUCCCCCUACUGUUCUCAUCGCCACCCUCGAGGUGGGAUCCGAGUUGGCGCAGAGAUAUCAGGCAUCGGUCAAGCGGAUAGGUAGCGCCUCCCGACACAUCAGUGCCGCACUGCUUGCCAAUCAUUACAACAUAGACCUGGAGCGCGUCCAACAGGUUGCAUUGCCGUUCGUCAAAACGCCCAUUUUCAACCUUUCCGACCCGUCGCCGACUAGUGCGCCUGCUUCCACAUCUAAGGGAAAGGAUAAGGUGGUUGCAGGUGGUGGCAGCAGGAAUGUAGCUACCAUGCACGCCAAUGAUCUUGUCGCCAUCACCACUGCUGAUGAUAACCGGUGGAGCUCUUGGGGCGAUGUUAAGGUCUUCUACUACCCCCAGGAAACCACAUCGGUGCAGCAUGACGUUCCAACCGAGGCGGGGCGCUCGAAUCUACCCUCGACCCCCACUCCCCUCCGUCGAAGCUCAACGAUGAACCCUCAGCACACCCCAAAGGCUCGAAACGCUACUGCUGGCGAGGAACCAUCCCCUCUGGGAACUCGAACUUCGGGAUUUGUGGACGACCAUUCUUCGUCUGGCCAAAAGACGUUCGAGUUGCCCCAAUCCGUCGUUGCCUCCCACUCGAUCUAUGAGCUCAUCACCAGGUGCCCUGAUGAUAUGCCCCAGGCGGCCAAAUAUGAAGCCUUUCAUCGCUUGAGAGUAGCCAAGUCUCUCAUCAGCUCCCAAGAGUCGCGGCAGCAAAUUCUGGCAACUCGGCUGCUGGCGAUAACUAACCUGGCGUAUAUACAUUCCGAAUCAAACUUUGUCGAGAAAGUCCUUCGCCAAGAUAUUGACGAAACCCGCCGAUUUCAGCUCGUAUAUCAGCUUGCUGAGUUGAUCCAUCCAUCCGCCGAUGGCGCAAUAGACGUCCCUUUGAGGCUGCAGACUAUUGCCCUUGCGCUCCUCGAAGCGGUAUCGAGCUUUCACGCUCGAUGCCAAGAUGUCUUGUCGGCCUUGAACGCGAAUGUCAACCACGGUAUCCUCCUUUACGUUAUCAGAAAGGCUGUCGCUGGAAUGACUGAAACGAAUGCUGGGGACGAUAGCGAUAAGAUGAAUGAGAUGGACGAAUGGCGGAACAAUCUAUUUUCACUUACCUUGCACUUGUCUAUGGCUACUCGCGUGGGUAGUGAAAUGGUCUCCGCCGGGUUAAUGGACAUCCUUGUCGAAAUUCUCAACAUUCGAUCCAUCAUUGCACAGCGCCACCAUUCAAUGGUUCUUGCCUUCCUAGAUGGCUUGAUCUGGACCUAUCCGAAUGCAUUUACUGCCUUUUUCAAUGCGGAUGGAUUGGAUGCCGUUGCCAAGCUAAUUGUUGAUACCAUUGGUGAAGCUCGCAGCUUGCUUCAAGCAUCAAAAGGCAUCAAACCUGACCAACAGUCCAGUGCUGUGGAUUACGAGAUUCCAUAUUACCAGCAACAGACACUUAAGUGGAUACUGAAGUUUGUACAUCACAUCAUGUCCAACUCGUACAGCUAUAGCGGCAAUACAGACCGGCUCCUGCGAAAUCUUGCCGAGAAGUCUGACUUGUUGGCCAAUCUGAGGGACAUCAUAAACGACAAAAAGAGCUUCGGCUCAGUUGUCUGGACAAACUCGGUGACCAUCCUCAGCGAUUUCAUCAACAAUGACCCAACGAGCUUCGCUGCUAUUUCAGAAUCAGGCAUGAUCAAGACCUACCUUGAAGCCAUUACUGGACAGCCGAUACCCGAAAGCCAUACCGCACGGCUUGCACGGCGGCCAUCAGACGGCGGGGACCCUAAUACUGUGGAGGUCUCUGCGAUAACAUCGAUCACCGAUUUCGAUCAACGGCCUCACCCUCCUGAGGAGGACACCGUUCGGAAGUCGUUUGGCCGGCCAGUUGCAGCAGGCAUCUUGGCGUCCUCUGAUGCCAUCAAUGUCGUUCCUCAAGUUCUAAACUCCAUCUCUCUUAACAAUGCGGGCAUGCAUUUAGUGGUCGCCUCUCGGGCGAUUGAGAGCUUCUUGGAAGUCUUUGAAAGCCCUGCGCAUGUGAAAUGUAUGGAGACGGAUACUGAGCUUGCUAGCAAUGUUGGUGCUAGCUUUGACGAGCUUGCGCGGCAUCACCCCCCCCUACGGAAGGCGAUAGCCAACGCAGUGAUUGACAUGGUCGCCCGAGUACGCAUGCUGGGCAUUGAGAAGGCUCGACUCGCAGGCUGGGGGGUUAAACUGCUCCCCAUUGGCAACCUCCAAACCGCGGCCGAAUCAACUGCGGCGGCCGGCGCAUCCAAAUCACUGCAGGAAUCCGACGUCGACAUGUCCGACAUGGCCGUGUCGCAAGGCUUGGAAGUCGACAAGCGUACCGAAACCGAACGAGAAUCUCCGUACGAUUCGUAUACACCCUACAUUUAUGCUCUAUCUACUUUCCUGACGACCUACUUGUCCAAUAACGUCUUGAAGAACAGCUUUGUGGAGAGGGGCGGUAUCGAGUUCCUUCUCGACAUGUGUCAAUCCCCUAGCCUUACGGCUGGAUACGGCGAUUCCAUGGCAUCUCGAGUCCUCAAUCAGGUCGUUUCUCAACUGGUUGAGCACGGUGCUGCCCAGGGCUUAACAUCUCUGCUCUACCGGGCUCAGCGUGCCAUCGACGUGCUGGAGCCAUUAUCAACCAAGACGGAGGCAGUCCCUCCUUAUUUUGCGCCUUUUCUGGCUCCCGACCUAGGCAUUCAGUACACCAGCGCCGAGGCGGCUGAGAUAAUUGCAACCGGUACAAAUAUUGUCAAAGCCCUACUCAACGCUCAGACUUUUAUCAAAAUAAUAUCUGAUUGUUUCGCAUCCUCGAGAUCCAACUCACUCCAGUUUUACCCCAUCAAUGUGUACGAUUAUUAUCAAAAGCUGGUAAUCUCAAUCGGGCCAUUGUUACGUGGAGUCCUAGCAGAGGAAGCAGGCGAGCUUACGGCUGUUCCCCAGCAUUGGUCUUUAAGACGUCAGCCACCGCCUGUAGAAGGCGGCAACAGAGGCGCUGGUGCAGAUGCUGAAGCUGACGACACGUCGUUGCCCGACGUUCUCGGCGGUACGGAUAGUUGGAGACCUAAUGACGGAGCUGAUAGCUCCUCGGCUGCUCGUCCAACAGAACAGGAACAGGCUAGCCCCAGGUUCCAAAACUACGAAACGCUGCGAAUCUUGUUACACCCUAUGAUCCCCACGUCAUUCCCGCUCUUCCAGACCAUAGGCAAGGCGCUGCUGCCCAGACGUGAAUCGAACCAUGGCGACCCGUAUCACCGACCGCGUCACUUGGAGAUUGCAAGAGCGCUUGCCGAUACGGUCCUCGACCACCUUGGGCCAUCUGUGGCGACCCCGGAGCCAACGUCAAAAGAUUUCCACUAUUGGAUCAUCAUGCUUCACACCAUCCACGAGAUGCUGAUUGACCACCCCUCAGCUCGUCAGAAUGACCGCUCCAAUGUGCAAAUUAUCAUGCCUGUUCUCCUCGCAUUCAAGGAGCGCCGUGGUAUUGAAGUACUCAAUUCUAUGCUUCGCGUUUUUGCAAAGACGGUAAAGAGUUCUAGCGCAGCUACUGCCGAUGAAUCUUCAAAGGUCAAGGUUGCCGCUUUUGGUUUGAAGAAGAUAUUGGACUUGUACUUCAUUUUGGUCAACGGAAAGUACAUCGCCGACACGCAUAGUUUCUUCAACCUUCAGCGACAAACAGAUCGGUCUCAAGUCGUUCCAAAUAUUCACAAUCAAAUUACCGUCGAAUUCAGGGCGCUCAUACUGCCCGUUGUAAUGGAGCUUUGGGACUCAGAGUUUGUGGAGCGAGUGCCAGACCAGACUGUUAAGCGACUCGUGGAUAUUUUGAAGAUGGUGUCGCUAGGCGAGAAUGAACUGUUGCUAAUGCCAAAGGACAAGGUUCCUUUUAUGCUCCUCAACUACACAGACGUGCGAUUCAACUGGCGGUCCGUUAGAGUCCUUGUUCGCCAGCUUGCUGACGACUACGAUGAUGGUCUAGCACAGGAGGCCGUGUAUCGCACGCUUGGCAACGUUGUUACCGCCCCAGCAUACUGUACUGCACACGAAGCUGAGUUUGCCGGCGCCAGAAACCCCGUGCCUCCUGAGGAUGAACCGGAUGCCACGUCCUUGGCCGAGGGGGCUACGCCAACGACGACUAGCCGAGAUGCUAGCGGUUCUCGUGCUCCAGACCCAGAGGCAAUGUCGUUGGAUACAUCCCCCGAUACAUCUGCUGAAACAUUAGAUGACCUGAUCUCUCGCCUUCCUGAGAACAAUGAGUUGGCGAGCGAAAGUGGUGCUGACACAGCGCCAAAAGCUGCAGAACCGGCUCCCUCCAGUGGAGAAGCAAACCCAGCAGCUACUCAAUAUACCGCGGCCGACUUCAACUCACUCAAAGAUGAUCUUGACAGUCAUCGAGCAAAGCUACGCGAAAACCUCAUUGAUCAAUGCCUUGACGUUAUUCGCGCCCAUCCAGAUACGGCUAUUGAGGUGUCUGAGCUUAUCACCACCGUUGUUCUGCGACAUCAAAAUGCUGAUGCCCACGAAGAAGUGGGGUUCACUCUUACGUCUGCUUUGGCAUCUCUCGGUUUGGAAGAAGACGAGAAAAAACGCAACGGCAAGUGUAUCGCUGCAUAUGCCCAUCUACUUGCGCUAUUGCUACAAGAUGAGAUGUUUUUCAGCCGAAAUAUCGAGACACUGCGUGAUAAAAUCGACGACUAUGUAGCGUUUCUCAAAGUCCCGCCAUCAACGCCGGCUGAAGAGCUACCGCCUUGGAUUCCCUUUAUACUACUAGUGCUGGAGACGUUGCUGAGCCAUGAUGAGAAACCUGUUGCAGCUCAAUGGAAGGCGCCUAAAUCUUUAGAUGAGACCGUUUCAGAGCCCAUCAUCCAAAUUAGGACGCCUUUGCUUGACGAUCAGCAACGAUCCAAUGUCCUGGAGUCCCUUUUGGAUUUGCUCCCGCGCAUAGGGAAAGAGGAGAUGUUGGCAACUGCCAUUCUACGAGUUCUCAUCAUUCUUACUCGUAGGCGUUCGCUGGCGAAGCAAGUCGGCGAGAAGAAAAAUCUGCAAAGACUCUUCCUCAUGGCCAAGCAAAUGUCAGGCGCGGGAUCUGAACGUCUGAGGCAGACUAGGCUGACGGCUCAUCUCAUCACCAUCCUCCGCCACAUUGUAGAGGAUGAGGACGUUAUCAAGCAGAUAAUGAGAGCAGAAAUCAAGUCGGAUCUUCCCAAUCUUCAACGUACCCAGCGCGGCCAUUUAGACGUGUCCACCUACCUCAGGGCGUUGGCACCAGUUGCUCUGCGUGCGCCCGAUCUCUUUGUUGAAGUAACCAAUGAACUGCUUCGGUUCUCACGCUGGAAUGCACCCACCACCGAAGGCGCCCGACCCCAAGCCUUGGUUUGGAAGGAACAGGACGAGGGGAACGCUAAUGUGGCUCAAGCGGAUACAGAAGCGACUCAGAAAGAUGAAGUUAAGCAGUCAACUGAGUCAGGAGACAAGGAAAUGCCAGACGCACAUAAGUCACACCAUGACAGCAAACGCCCCGUGGUCGAAAAUCCGGACGGAGUCAUCCAUUUCCUUCUUUGCGAGCUGGUCAACUAUCGAGAAGUCGAAGACAAGGAGAUACCAACAGUUAGCAAAGAUGUGAAGGUAGAGAGCGAAUCGACGGCUCCUACUGAGGUCCAGGAUGUCUCUUCUGUCGAUGGCGGAGCUAUCGAUGGUAGGGACAAGAAGCCGCCAAAGCCUACGUUCAAAUCAGAAGAACAUCCCAUAUUCGUGUACAGAUGCUUUUUGCUCAGCUGCUUGGCUGAGCUCUUGCAAAGCUAUACCAGAACCAAGGUGGAGUUCAUCAACUUCAAACGUAGCGCUCCUCCUCUGACCACCAACACCCCUGUGAAACCGCGGUCGAGCAUUCUCAACUACCUAAUUUACGAUCUGCUGUGCCAGAGCAACCUGAGCGGCACGUCGGAUAACAUAGCGUCCAAGAAGAAGGCCGCAACUUCUUCGCAGACUCAAAAGGUUUUGGUUGCUUUGGUUUCAAAAACCAACGAGAAAGUGUUUGAACGCAAGCAAGAGAAAUACGCAUAUGACGACGAGCUAGAUCUACUCUUUGUUCGCAAGUUUGUUCUCGACACCAUUUUGAAAGCCUACGAGAAGGCACCACUUACCGAUGAGCCACUAGAGGUUCGCUAUGCAAGGAUGCAGUGCCUAGCAGAGCUGAUGAACCACAUGAUCGGCGAGAAAGAUAAGGAGCAAAACUCUGGAUCUCGCAACGUUGAUACCAUCCAGACAAGAUCCCAAGCACAGCUUCGGCGUCUCAUGUAUGAGAAGGGCUACCUGGAUAAGCUUACGUCGUCUAUUGCCGAGAUCAACUUGAAUUUUCCAGGAGUCAAGCGGGCGAUUAAGUAUAUUCUGCGUGUACUUCGAGUUUUGACUGAUACUGCGAAAGAACUUAGCCAUUCCAACAUCUUGGUAUCUGACUCACAGGUUGACCAAAGCGACGAGGACUUUGCAUCUACUUCAUCCCUGUCAGAUCUAGAUGAUGGCCGGGAGGAAACUCCCGAUUUAUACCGAAACUCUGCCCUCGGCAUGCUUGAACCUCGUGGGGAGGAUGAUGAAUCCGAAUCCGAGGAGCCAGAUGACGACGACGAGGAUAUGUACGGAGAUGAAUACGACGAUGAUGAGAUGGACUACGGCGAUGAAGGCAUGUCGGAUGAUGAAGAUAACAUCAGCGACGAAGACGAAGAGCUUGGUGAAAUGGGAGAAAUCGAGGGACUCCACGGUGAGCCUGGAGUGGUUGAAGUCAUCAUGGAUGAUGAUGAUGAUGACGACGACGACGAUGAAGACGGUAGUGAAGACGAUGACGAUGACGAAGUCGACUCUGCUGAUAUGGAGGAUGUUGAAGACCGAGUUGAAAUUGUGGAUGAGGAUGGAAACCCCAUCGAAGAUGACGGAGAAUCCGGAUGGGAGAGCGAGACCAGUGCCGAAGAAGAUGAAGAGCCAGAGGUCGACGAUAUUGACUACGAGGCCGACGGCCAAGACGAACACGAGGCUCAUCUACACGGUUUGGGCCCUGGAGAUCUCCUGGAUAACAUGGCUAGAGCGAUCAUGGGUGGUGACCAAGAUUACGAGCCCGAAAUCAUGGAGGCAUUAGACGAGCAUUAUAUGGAUGAUGGUCACGAGGAAGGAGAUGACGACGAGGAAGAGGAUAUCGAGGAUGAAGAAUAUAUCUAUGAUGACGACUAUCCACUCAACGAGACUUUACCGCCAAUGCCAGCUCUUGGAUGGGAUGGAUUCACGCCGGAAGUUGAUGAUCGACAUCGCCAACUCUUCUUGCUUGACAAUAAUAGACGACCUGUCUUUGCACGGAUGGGCGAUCGCAACCCCUUCCCUCCCCGAUUUAUGGCUGGGUCGAAUCGGGAGCUUAGCGAUUUCCGCAGCUACUUCUCUCGUAGCCAUCGUAAUAACGGACAGCAGUCUAACGCAGAUGAUGGCAUCAACCCGCUACUUCGUCGCAGCGACCAGGCUCAAGAAAACCAGCCACGACCAGGUCAAUCAAAUUCAAUUGGCCUUCGCUUCCCGGAGGGCUUCUUGGGGCCAGGCAGACACAUGAUCGAUGGCCCCAUGGGUUUCUUAGGAGAACUCAUGGAAUUUUUGCCCAUCAUGGGGCGCAAUGGUAACCAUAACCAGCAUGCAUUCCAUGUGCAUAUCACUGGUCCUGGGGGUACUAGAAGUGCGGAUCUCGGACCCAUUCGUGGCCUAAGAAAUGAUCAGCGCCGAGAUGCUGCGGCUCAGGAGCCUCAUCAAGCGGUUGCUUUCACCCCUGAAUCAACCUUGGAUCGCUACCAGGAGGAGGCCAGGAUGAUUUUCGGUGGUAAUCCCGCUGUGGAAGCUGCACGGCUCGGAAACGCUAUCAUUGCGCAGCUCACCCCUGCAGCGAUGGAGCUGGAGAGGAAACUGAAGGCAGAGGAGGAGGAGAAUCUGAAGCGUCAAGAAGAGGCUCGAAAGAAGCGGGAAGAAGAAGAGCGCGUGGCAAGGGAAGCUAAAGAAGCUGAGGAGAGAGCAGAAAGGGAAAGAAAAGAGGCUGAAGAACGCGAGGCCGCUGCUAGACUCGCUGCUGAAGCUGCCGAAGCCGCCGCUCUUGCUGCCAGCCAAAACGCUGAACCACAGCCCAGCGAAGAGAAUCGCAACCAAGGUAGUGGAGCCAUGGAAGGGGUUGAAUCGACCGAGUCUGGCGACACCGCAGCGAAUGAUGGCGCAAAUACCGCAGCGAGAGCCAAUCUGCCAAGAGUCACAACCAUCAUCAGAGGCGAGGAGGUUGAUGUUACUGAGUUGGGUAUAGAUCCAGAUUACCUGGCUGCUCUACCCGAAGAAUUCCGAGAGGAAGUCAUCGCCCAAACCGUUAGUGAGAGGCGAUCUCAAGCCCGCGAGGAGGCUGCGUCAGGAGAAACAACCGAAGUGUUUCAGGAAUUUCUCGAUGCUCUGCCAGAGGAGCUACGGUUGGAAAUUGCGCAACAAGAGAGACAAGAACAGCGUCGUCGUCAUCGUGAAGACAGCCGCCGUCAGGCUGCUGCUGAUGGCCAAGAUGCAAUUCCUACGGAAAUGGACCCGGCCAGCAUCCUACUUACAUUCCCGCCUGAGCUUCGUGAACAAGCACUCAUCGACCAGGGUGAAGAUAUCAUGGGCCAACUUCCUCCAGAAAUGGCAGCCCAGGUACGAGCAUUGACUCAAAAUCGUCCACCAGUGGUUCAUCAGCAACGAGGUAUGCGACCAAUCGUUCUUCCAGGUAGAACCUCCCUCAGCGCAGCUAGAGCCGCCUUACAGGGACGAGGCUCCCCCGAUGGACAAGGGGAGAAUAAGUCUCAGCGUAGGGCUGUCGUGCAGAUGCUCGAUAAAGCUGGCGUAGCCACCUUGCUACGUCUAAUGUUUAUUGCACAACAAGGUUCUAUCCGGAACUACCUCUUCAGCGUAUUCGCAGACGUAUGCGAGAACCGACAAACUCGCCUGGAGGUUAUCAGCACUAUCCUGCAAAUUCUGCAGGACGGUAGCACAGAUAUGAAUGCCGUCGAGCGAAGUUUUGGCCAACUCUCGCUGAAAGCUAGAAAGCAGAGAGACAAGGAUAAAGAUGCUGAUCAGAAGGCUCCGCAAGGCCUUAAGAGGACCCUGACUACUAUUGGCAGCCUGACCACUUCUGGCCAGACAAAUUCUGAGACAUCUCCGUUGUUGAUUGUACAGCAAUGUCUAGAUCUCCUUGUCGACCUAUGCACCAAAAACCCGCACAUCCCUUGGCUGUUCUUGACAGAACACGAGUCCGUGGGGUCUUCGCUCAAGAGGAGCCUUAGCCGUAGAGGAAAGGGUAAGGACUCGAAGGCUCAUAAAUAUGCAAUCAACUCCCUUUUGACUCUGUUGGACCGCGAGCUUGUAACGGAAAGCUCGCUUGUCAUGACACACCUCGCAGACCUGCUGAACCGAGUUACUCUUCCUCUUCAAAACUUGGAACGUCGACGCAAGGAGACACAAGAUGAGGAUGCAUCGGCUCCAAAGUCAAACGAAGCAGAAACCAAGGCCGUUGUCACGGAUACGAAUGAGGCGGAGCAACAAACUAGCAACGACCAGAUAGUAGAGGGUGAGGCAGCAUCCGAGCCAGCGGGAUCUUCCGAGCAACAGAAGGCCGUGGCGGAGGAUUCAAAGGAGCAAUCGAAGAACACGUCACAAAAACGUGCCCGUCAACUGCAGCCCCCAAUCAUUCCACCGCAAAACCUCACCCUCGUGGUUAGAGUGUUUGUUGCCAGAGAAUGCAGUUCGAAGACGUUCCAGAACACCAUCUCUACCAUCAAAAACUUGUCAGCUAUACCCGGAGCCAAGACCAUCUUUGGCCAGGAGUUGGUUAGCCAAGCUCGCUUGUUGAGCAGCAACAUUGUGUCUGAUCUAGACGACUUGCUUCCUCAUAUUGACGCGGCUACGUCUGGUACUGAGAUUCAAGGGGUUGCCCUCGCCAAGUUCUCACCUGGAGCUUCAGAGCAGAACAAGCUUCUCAGAGUUCUCACCGCACUGGACCAUCUAUUCGAUGGCAAGAAGAAGUCGGACGACGUUGAAGAGGGUGGGCCCAGCGAGACUGAGAAGCAAGAUCUUGUCACUUCGCUCUAUCACAAUUCAACGUUCUCUACAAUGUGGGAGAAACUGAGCGCUUGUCUUAGUGCCAUUCGACAAAGAGAAAACAUGCUCAAUGUCGCGACAAUCCUGCUUCCGCUGAUCGAAUCUUUGAUGGUCGUCUGCAAAAACACUACGACGAAUGACGAUCUCUCACACAGCCAGAUUGCGAAGGACAUGCUGCUGUCUAGCCCACAGCCAGAAUCUCGUACGGCGAACCUCUUCUUUACCUUUACAGAAGAUCACCGACGUAUCCUGAACGAGCUCGUGCGACACAAUCCGAAGCUCAUGUCUGGCACUUUUGCUCUGCUCGUCAAGAACCCCAAAGUUUUGGAGUUUGACAACAAGCGCAAUUAUUUCAACAGAAGUGUUCACUCGCGGAGCGGCCAGAACCAGAGCCGACCAUCAUACCCGCCGUUGCAGAUUUCUGUUCGCCGAGAGCACGUAUUCCAUGACUCAUUCAAAUGGCUUUGCUUCAAGUCAGGCGAUGAGAUGAAAUAUGGCAAGCUCAACAUAAGGUUCAAUGGCGAAGAGGGUGUAGAUGCUGGCGGUGUAACGCGGGAGUGGUUCCAGGUUCUCGCCCGGCAGAUGUUCGAUCCCAACUAUGCUCUAUUCAUCCCGGUCUCGUCUGAUCGCACAACCUUCCAUCCGAACAAGCUGAGUGGCAUCAACGAUGAGCACUUGAGGUUCUUCAGCUUUAUCGGUCGCAUCAUCGGCAAAGCCUUGUAUGAGGGUCGCCUCCUUGACUGUUUCUUCAGCCGUGCUGUUUACAAGCGCAUCCUCGGAAAGUCCGUCUCUGUCAAAGAUAUGGAAUCAUUUGACCCUGAUUAUUACAAAUCUCUUUGCUGGAUGCUGGAAAAUGACAUCACCGACAUCAUUACGGAGACCUUUUCUGUUGAGGAUGAUGAGUUCGGUGUCACCAAGAUUGUUGACCUUGUCCCCAACGGCAGAGAGAUUGCGGUAACUGAAGAAAACAAGCACGAAUAUGUGCGCGUUGUGGUUGAGCAUAAACUCCUAUCCUCGGUAAAGGAUCAAAUGGAGAACUUCUUGAGUGGUUUCCACGACAUCAUUCCUGCAGAGCUAAUCUCAAUCUUCAACGAGCAAGAACUGGAGCUCUUGAUCUCUGGCCUUCCGGACAUUGACAUUGACGACUGGAAAGCCAAUACUGAGUACCACAACUACAGCCCUUCGUCUCCACAGAUCCAAUGGUUCUGGAGAGCAGUCAGAUCAUUCGACAAGGAGGAACUAGCCAAGUUGCUGCAGUUUGUCACCGGUACUAGCAAAGUUCCUCUCAAUGGAUUCAAGGAACUAGAAGGCAUGAACGGAGUCAAUCGGUUCAAUAUCCACCGCGAUUAUGGAAACAAAGAUCGCCUUCCAUCAACGCACACCUGCUUUAACCAGCUUGAUCUCCCCGAGUAUGACAGCUACGACAUACUUCGCUCGCAAAUCAUCAAGGCAAUUACACAGGGCAGCGAUUAUUUCGGCUUCGCUUAA